AUGGUCGCUCAGAACAAGGAGAUCCGCGUCACCUGGGGUGCAGACGCCCGCCUCACCUCCCACCUCAUAUCCUUGAUCUCAGAAACGCCCCGCUAUCGCGAAUGUAUUUUCGCCAACGCCGGCGAUAGAUGGCUGGUUGAGCGAGACCUGUGUCUUAUCGUGCUAGGAGAUGAAGCGUGGAUGAGAGACAAGGAGAGCAAAGGGUGGGUAAGAAGAGGCGAGAAGGGCUGGGAGGCAACAGAAAUGUGGACAAGCGGGCUUGUCCACCCUGUGCGAAACAGACUGCACCUUCUCAUGAAGAGGAUGAGAGAUGGGUGGUACCAACAAAAGUACGGAGUCGACCCUUCCUGGUGGUCUCCUGAUCAAAUUCCGGAGCAGAUUCGAGCAAGCUUCCUUAUUGCCCACCCUUAUUACUUUACCCUUCUUGAACUUUGGAACAAACGGUCUCUUGACGGAGAGCCAAUUGAUGCUGCAAUCCGAGCUGCUGAAGGAAAGGGCAAGAAGCGGGGGCCAAAGCCCAAGCUGGGAGCGGGAAAGAAGGAGCCUAGUCAUUUGAGCGCCUUGGAGCCAUCCGCAAAAAGAGCCCGAACUGGCGAGUCUUCCCACGACUCUGCACCGAGUCUCUCGCCUCCGGACUCGCUGGGCCCAUUGGCCGGAGAUAUUCAUAUAUCUUCUCAACUGAGUCCAGAUUCCACAAGCGAAGGCGAAGAAGAGCAAGAUGAGCUGUCUGGGGAAUCCGGCCUCGCCCAACCUUUGCCCAAAGCAGAACCCGAGACUGAUAGCUCAGCCUUGACAGCUGGCAAGCUUCCCGGUGCGGGAACGCUCGACCUCGGUUUUUGCACUCCCCCGGUCAAAAGGUCGAGAGGAAGACCCAAGGGAUCUGUGAACAAAAAGCCGAGGAAAGAAGGCAGUGCUGUCGCGGGCCCGGCAGGGGUCGUAGAUGAGACUGGGGCAAAGGCAGAGGUGCCGGUGAAGAGGGGGAGGGGUAGACCCAAAGGAUCGACCAACAAGAAGAAGGUCUAA